AUGUCGUACCCAUUCCCGGACACUUAUGAUUCCAAUCACAUGAAGACCACGGAUAAACGUCGCUGGAGGCUCUUCGGGGAUCAUGGAAGGCAAGCUUGGCAUUACAUAGAAGACGAGGAACAAUUAAAAGAGUGGCCUCAAACUAACUGUGAGAAAUAUUGGUUGGGACUACCAUUUGAGUCCAAAGAACAUGAAAAAUCGCAAGAGCAUCACAUUAAAGAUGAGGGAAUUGCCUUGACAAAAACGGCACUUGAAGCAGCACAUAAAGGAUUUAAAUUUUACAAAGAAUUGCAGACAAAGGAUGGCCACUGGGCUGGAACUUAUGGGGGCCCAAUGUAUCUCGUUUCGGCACUCAUGAUCGCUGUAUAUGUUACACACAUGACAUUUCCCGAAAGUUGGAGAAUUGAGAUUAUGAGAUAUCUGGUCAAUAAGGUUAAUCCCGUUGACGGUGGAUGGGGAAUGCAAGUAUCAACCUCAUUGAGCGAACAUCAGCUAUCAUUUUAA